AUGGCGAGCUCCGACGCAGUGGCCGACAACGUCCUGUUGAUGCUUACCGAGAAGUGCUCCGGUAUCGAUGGACUGCUGGACACAUUCUUCUCCUUCCUGGGCCGACGCACCGACUUUUACACUCCACCUGGUGGUGAAGAUCCCAAUGGUCAUUUAGAGUACUGCGUGAAGCUGGUUUCGCAACGUUGCCGCCAGGCUGGCGCUGCGGCCAUAGAAGCCAAACGCAGGGAGGCAGACUCAAAGCGUCAAAAGGAAGCUGCUAAACACGUAGUUCAGGCCGAUAAUUCAGUUAUAGAUGUCACUUCUGGAGACCCAGAAUCGGUUAUAGAGAUUCCCCGGAAUCAGGAACCCCCAGAGGAGGUUGAAGAGCACUCCGAGGGAGAGACCGACGAAACUCCUCCGCCUGGCAACGGAGGAACCACUGAAUGGUAUGUCUGGACCCAGACACUGGCGGGUGUCGAAGUCUCUGCACCAGUUCCUGCCGGCACUAAGAGUCGCAACAUCAAGGUCGACAUUACUACGAAUAGGCUUACAGCAUAUCUGAACGGAUCUCUGCUAUUUGGCGGGGAUUUGCAUGAGACUGUCAGAAGUGACGACUGUUUCUGGACACUGGUUGACGGGAAGACCCUGCAGAUAACUCUGGAAAAGCGCAACCAGAUACAAUGGUGGCCGUGUGUUAUCAAGGGCCACCCAGAGAUUGACGUUAAGAAAAUCGUACCCGAGAAUUCCAAGCUAAGUGACUUGGACCCUGAGACUCGGCACACCGUGGAGAAGAUGAUGUUUGACCAGCGCCAAAAGGCCGCAGGCCUGCCAACGAGUGCACAGGCGUCGCAGUUCGAGGCCCUGGAGAGGUUCAAAAAGGCUCACCCUGAGCUAGACUUCUCAAAAGCAAAGAUAAACUUUGCCAGUUGA